AUGAAGGACACUUGGGCAAAGCUCACUGGCGAACAAGGUAAUAUAAGAAUAGGGUCAAGGGCAUCGAGCUCUACGCAACAAGAUACUUCUGAACAAACAGAGCAAUUACUUUCUAAUGAUAUUGAACAAACUGAAGAAUCAAUCGCCUUCACAAAAUUAAAUGAAGGGUUUACCACGAAAACGGAGAUCUUUGGUUGGUGUUUAUAUUCAUGGGCUGCUGAACCGUUCAUUGUAUCUGCGGUUUCAACGUAUGUACCGCUCUUAUUGGAACAGUUUGCAAGAGAAAAUGGUGUUAGAUUGGAUAACCAUUUGAUUCCUUGUCUGACAGAGAACCCAGUGGUGCUCCCAAUACUACCACCGCCAUCAAAUGGCACUAAUCCUGUUAAAUGUGUGGUUUACGUUUUAGGUAGUUAUAUUGAUACUUCUUCAUUUGCUCUAUAUACGUUCUCAGUUUCAGUGCUUAUUCAGACUCUUACUGUUAUUUCCAUGUCAGGUGCAGCUGAUAGAGGGCAUUAUAGGAAACAAUUAUUGAUUACAUUUGGCUUGAUAGGUGCUGUUGCAACAAUCAUGUAUUUCCCAAUAACAAGUUCAAGAUACUACAUUGCAUCUUUACUGGCCAUCAUUGCCAAUAGUUGUUUUGGUGCUGUCAAUGUUUGUGGGAAUUCGUUCUUGCCUAUUCUUGUGGCCAAUACUAGAGAAGUUCAAGAAGCUUCUCAUCAUCAUGAAGAAGAUGGUGAUCAUAAGGAGGAGACACUCAAAAGAGGCAACUUGAUAACAAAGAUUAGUGGUAUGGGAGCUGCAUCAGGUUAUAUAUCUGCUUUAAUCGUGCAAGUUCUCUCAAUGUUUUUGGUGAUCAAGACUGGUUCCUCUACACAUUCCAUUCAGUAUGCUAUUUUCUUUGUUGGGGUAUGGUGGUUAGUAUUUCAACUGCCACUAAUCUUCUUACUUAAAUCAAGAUCUGGGCCACCUUUAGCAAUUCAUAAAGAUCAAAAUGCAAUCUUACAAUAUGUUAAAUAUGGUUGGAAAACAUUAUUCAUUUCAAUCAAACAUGCAUCUACAUUAAAGGACGUUGCAACUUACUUAUUUGGUUGGUUUAUUGUUUCAGACUCUAUUACCACUAUAAAUUCAGCUGCCGUGCUAUUUGCAAGAUCUGAGUUACAAAUGUCAACACCAAAGUUGGUUGUCGUUGGUAUUCUUUCUGUUUUGUUUGCAAUCUUUGGAUCAAUGGUUGUACCUCAAUUACAAUCAUAUUUCAAAGUUACACCUAAAGUUUCCUUAAUGGCUAUAAUUAUAUGGGCCUCAGUCAUCCCCUUUUAUGGUAUUUUGGGAUUUUACUUCAAUGUUGUUGGAUUGAAACAUGAUUUUGAAAUGUACUUGUUGGCUGUUUGGUAUGGGUUUGCAUUAGGUGGAUUAGCAACUAUAAGUAGAUCGUUAUUCAGUUUGUUGAUCCCAAAGGGUAAAGAAUCCACAUUUUUUAGUUUGUUUUCAGUUACAGAUAAAGGAAGUUCCAUUAUAGGUCCAACAGUAACGGCGUUGAUCACAGAUAGAACACACAACAUACGGUAUACUUUCUACUUCUUGUUUGUGCUUUUGCUGCUUGCGUUGCCAAUUUAUGCAUUACUAGAUGUUGAAAGAGGUAAAAGAGAAGCUCAAGAGUUAGAACAUGUGGAUGAUGAAGGCCUUCCCGAUAUCAUUACAGAUCAUACAGUUUAA